GUGUGCGUAUGUGGUGUGUGGUGUGUCGUCGCCAGUGCAGUACAGUGCAGUGCCCUGCAAUUGCUGUUUCUCCUGGGUAUCUACUGGUGGUUCAAUCAAAUCCAUUCACACCACCACCCCAUCAACCCCAUCCUUCCUAUCCCAUCCGAUAUCAUCCCAUCCCCGAUCAGAUUUCGCUUAGAGAUGGGCUUAGUUUAGAGUGGUUCUUCCCCUCCCUCCCUCCCUCCAUUUGCCGUGUUCAAAGUUCGAAAAGUUCGGCGUGUUGUGUUCACAGUUCACGUUUUUUUCUCGGCGUAUGUACGUUUCGGGACUCGUGGACCUUGUUUGGUCUGGUUUGGUUGAGUUUCGGCUGGGUUGGGCUUCGUUGGUUGGGCUCGGUUGGCUUUUGGGUUUGGGUUGGUUGGUUUGUUUCGUGGGUUGGUUGGUUGACCGUUGGUUGGGUUGGUUGCAAUUGGUGCUCUACUUAGAUCAUAAAUUCGUUUCGUUAUGAAUGGCAGGGUAAAUAAGAG